GCUUUGAGUGAAUUAGCUAAGUUAAAUCAUUAUAACUUUUUAUUCUUUGUUUACAUUGUUCACCUAUUUAUUCCAUAUUAUUGGAGUUUAAAUAAAUACUGUUCUAAGCAUUCGUGACUAUAAUUUCGUCAUUGUAUUAAAAACAUGGAAUAUCGAAGUAGAUCCUGUGGUUUAAUUUAAUUUUCCUGUGACAAACUUUGUGUUUUUGUUUUACUUGUCACGUCAACAAGAAAGUAAUUACAAAUUACUAUCAAAUUUAAUUUGCAACAAUCGAAUGCCAACAUCCAGAAGACAGAAAAUGAGCAUAAAUAGUCCACCAAUCGGAGUCACCGUAUUAGCUAAACUUACUUCUAAUGUUUGUCCAUCAAUACAUUUCAACAGAUUUUUGUUGUAUAAAACUUCAGUUCUUGUACUAACAUAUGUAGCUUAUGUUUGUUAUCAUAUGACUCGCAAACCAAUUGCUGUAGUAAAAUCUGUGUUACAUCAAAACUGUUCAGAUUUGCCGAGACCGUCAGACUUUAAAAUAAAUUCAUUUAACGACGAAACGUGGUGUGAUUAUGCUCCUUUUGAUGGAUCCGACGCUUCAGCUCUACUUGGAAUCCUGGACUCAAGUUUCCUGUUUUGCUAUGCAAUUGCUAUGUUUUUCUCUGGUCUCAUAGCUGAACGUGUCUCUUUGCGAUAUUAUUUGUCAUUAGGCAUGUUGCUGUCAGGAUUCUUUUGUUAUACAUUUGGAUAUGCAAAAACAAAAGACGUUCAUUCAUUGGCAUAUUUCGUGAUAGUUCAAAGUUUUGCUGGAAUUUUCCAAACAACUGGAUGGCCUGGUGUUGUAACUGUUGUGAGCCGGUGGUGUGGAAAAUCAAAAAGAGGAUUAAUUUUAGGCAUUUGGAAUUCACAUACAUCUAUUGGAAACAUGCUUGGAACUUACAUAGCAGCUCAUUAUGUAGCAACAGAUUGGAGCAUGUCUUUCAUUGUCCCUGGAUUCAUAAUGGGAAUUGUCGGAUUCAUCAUAUUUUUGUUUCUUGUGGAUAGUCCUGAGAUUGUAGGAAUGCAACAUGAAGUGACGGCUGCGAAUCCUGAAGAUACUUCAAACUAUCGUCGGUUUGAUGAUUCAGAUGAAAGUGGCUUAGGAGAAGUAACAAUUCGAACUGAACAUGAAAGUAAUCCCUCAUUAAGAUCACUACGAGGCAGUUUGAAUUCUGAAAGUCAACGAUACAAUGAGAGAACACCAAUGUUGGGAAUGAAUAGCAAUCAUCAUGAAACACCAAUAGGUUUUAUUGGAGCACUAAAAAUUCCAGGCGUGAUUGAAUUUUCACUUUGCUUAUUCUUUUCUAAGCUUGUUAAUUACACAUUUUUAUUUUGGCUUCCUCUCUACAUUAAAAAUACCACACCCUUGACUCCAGAAGCAAGUGCAGAACUUUCAAUGGUUUUUGACAUUGGAGGAAUUGUUGGCGCAAUUGCGACGGGCGUAAUAUCUGAUACAACAUCAAUGCCGGCAUCGACAUGUGUUGGCAUGUUGUUUGUUGCUGCUCCUCUUUUAUUCAUCUAUGAAACUUAUGGAGCUUUAAGUUGGCUCAUUAAUGUGUCAAUGCUUUUUGUACUUGGACUGUUUGUUAAUGGACCAUAUGCACUUAUAACAACAUCUGUAUCAGCAGAGUUGGGUCAACAUAAAUCCCUUGAAGGAAAUGGAAAAGCAUUAGCGACAGUGACUUCAAUAAUUGAUGGUACUGGGUCAAUAGGAGCAGCUGUUGGUCCCCUGAUUGCUGGUCUAGUUCAAGCUGGAGGCUGGCAGAAUGUAUUUUACAUGCUUAUCUCAUCAAAUAUAAUAGCGAUGCUAUUAUUAUUUAGACUUGUAAGAAAAGAAUUCAGCAAGUUAAACAGACGUAGAAAUAACAUAAGAAUCGAAUGAAAAAUGUUAGAUAAGCUUAAUUGCAUUCUCAUUUGGUUUUAAAUUAAAUAUUAAUAUUUAAUAAUUUUUUCAUAUGCAGAUCUGACAUUUUCAUCGUUCGUUUCUCAAGAAUUUAAUAAACUGACUGUUAAUGAUUUUAUCAGUUAA